GUGGAUAUCCGAUCGACGAAGAAAAUCCCGGUCGAAUCCCUGGCAAAUUGACCUCAGGUGAGCAUGGGUGUCCCUUUACCGUCGCUGCGCCUGCUGUUCCCAUUAUUCGUGAGGGACAAGGCCGUUAUAUCCGUCACAAUUUCGAUGUGUUGGCCUCUCUGAAUUACUGUAACUUCGAGACACAAUGUCCCCCAGAUCUAGACUCGAUGGUCUGAGAGUCGCAAAAACUUAUUAUAAAUGGGACGGAGGUUGGGCACUGGGUUUAUUUCGAGGACAGACGACCGCAUCCAGUCAAUGCCGUUUCCUUCUUUGUCUUACCCAACCCUAUCUCGAAAUCCAGUUCCGAAACCUCGCAGGAUUUAUUGUGACAAAGGUCGUCUUACCUGAUAGCGCCCACGUGUUUUUCCGUUCUUGUGUCAUUUGGCAGCACAAGUUCUCUGGGCGCCGCCACCAACCGCCGCGAAGCUUAUUCCGGUUGCCUUGCUUGCAAACUGCAUAUAAUGUUUUCUUCACCCCACUCUGAUGACCGGGCCAGAAGAUCACGAUUCAGCAAGGUGGUAACGCCUGACAUUCUAAUCGUCGACAGUUCCAAAUCCUUCGACGACAUCCUCACCAUGUCCACUACUUCUAAUACCAGCAGCCGACGGCCUUCGAGCCGAGAUUACAUCACAGGCUUCCCAGACUCAUUCGCUGGGCGUACCACCUCGUUAAGACAUCCCGACGCCAACACGGCGCCGGGGGCGUCCAUUUCAGCUGAGGACAUUGACCCAGCGAGGACCCUUCAGCGAUCCAGGAGAUCGUUCCACAACAAGUACAAGCGAACCAUCAGCUACGGCAAAAUCACCCCCGAGAUGGAGCAGCAAUUCAGAAACAUGUCGAGUGCGAUAGGCUCCAAUGACAGCGCCAUCGACAUGACGGAGGAUAGACACUCCAAGGACGGUAAUGAAAGUAUCGACCGUACCGACGUGUCUACGCACAAGCCUGACUCACCAACAACUGCACAACCAGCUCAAUUUGAGCAAAAAGCAGAAUCGCCGCGACGAAGAACGUUUUUUGGCAAGUUUCGGAGCCAUAAGCAUUGAUGGAGGAAUUUUGUGCGGACAAGAUCAUUAGACUUUGCGUGGAACUGUACAAGAUUGGGCAACCAAGGUUAUUUUGAUCAACGGUACGGGAUUUAGCAAAAAGAGAGGGCGGGGUAUGGAAUAGGAAAAAGAGUCCCUUCAUCAGCGAGGAGUUGUGGGUUUCUGGCUACAUCUGCUUACGGCGGCCUGACGAAAUUAUGAAUGGUAUCAGCAUCCGACAGUUUUGGGCCUUGUUGCUGUGGUACCUGCUGGUUGGGAUGCGAAAAAAGGGCAAGGAAAAGAAUAACCUACUAACACUGCUAUACGCUUCAAGCCGGUCGCUUCACCUACGUUACCUUACACUAGCCGUCACUACCAAUAAAACAAGUAUGUUCUACUAAU